AUGCUAUACCAUGGGUCGAUCAUCAAAAUUCACCUUCCCCUUCCGAGCCGCAACAAGCAGCGGUCGGCACCCGUCUCUCCUCUACCCCCGGAUACGCCCCGGUCCAAAGCCCAACAAAUUCUCGGAAAUGGCGCUUUAAACAUCGAUGGGGGUAGCAAUUGGGAUGGUGUUUCCAACUCGGGCAUCAGCAUCGCCGUGUCAGAAAGUACAGUCCGGAGCCACCAUCCAACUGAGAAGACACUGAGCGCCAUCACCGAAGUUCCCGCGAAAGGCGCCUCGCAAUGGGAGGCCGAUUCCGAAACGGUCCCCGCCUAUCUCAAGGUCGGAGGCUCCAGGCCCGGAACUGGGACCCGAAGCCAUAACGGGAUCGACACCUAUGAUCCUUCAGACUAUUCGGGUCUCCGGGCUCGUCGGCAGUCUGCCUCUACCAUCAUGUCGUACUACGACAAGUCUAGAGUUCCCCUGUCGAUAUCGCAGCAGACCUCUUCCUCAGCCAUGGCCAAAGGCCUUCCCACGAAAGCCAGUACCCUUUUGGAUAUCGACGGGACAAUGUCUCCCCCGAAGCAAAAGAAGAGACCUUCGCGUCUAGACUUUAGCUAUCUGCUCCCCAGGGGGCGGCCCGACGUUAGCCUCCGCCGCUUCCAGGAAGUCGACCAGGAGAAGCUCCAGGAAUUCGCGUCCCGCGCUUCGCGGAAGCAAAUUGUGCCAGAGUCCCCCGUCAUCCCCAACCACAUGGCGAACAGCGCCGAUCUGCACAAUCUAUAUGAGCACUAUGAGCAAAUGUCUUUCAGGCAGGUCAUGGGCCCUGAUUUCGACAUGGAGGCUGCCACAGGACUCGAGGUUGUCAAGGAGUCGCCAGCGGAGAACCCCGUCCAGGCCAUCCCUCAACCGCCAUCACCAACGUCGGAGCCUCAGUUUGACCCAACCAAAGUGCUCUCGCCGAGCAGGGUUGCCAUCAUGCCGGAUGCCGACUAUGCGACCAGUGUUUCGAGCCGGCACACGAGGACCUCGAAAGCCUCGAAGCGAACAACACAGAGUAUCUUCGACUCCGACCUACACCAGAAUAGCAUUUUAUCGCUCUCCUCCGACUCCGAGGAUGACGCAUACCUUGAUCAGCGCUCUCAACGGGACACGGCGAUAGAAAGAGGAAGGGGACUCUUCCGGGAAGAAGGCUACUUGACGCCACUCUCCGAAAAGCGACGAUCCGUUGCUUCAAAGUCAAGCGCCGGCUCCGGGAAGCGCGCCUCUUUGCCCCCAAGAGCACCUAUCUGA